UGUUGUGUCGACGAAAACGGACAAUUGGAACGCAACUUAUGUCGUCGUGUGCACGAAAGUGUCUAGAGAUAUUGCAAUUGGAAAGCACCCUGUAGUUGGUUAGUUCUUACAUUCGAUUUAAACUCUCGAAACUGGACCAUUGUCAUUCUAACCUUUUCGAGCUCAUAUGCCCCGAGCCAAUCAGAGCACGAUUCGGAUCACGUGGUUUGGGCCGUCAUGUCCUCUCAGGUUUCUCUCUGCAUAUAUGUAUAUACCGUCUAUAUGUGAAAAGACCAAUUUAGAGGAUUAAGUACAAAGCGUGAGUUUUGAUCGCGCUCCCGCGCGAACAUCAUGGACGAUAGACGAGAUAAUCGCGUGGUUAUAACGAUAUUGUUUCUAUGUUUACUGUGGUAUGCGGUAUCCAGCAGCAGCAAUGUCAUCGACAAAAUGCUGCUAUCAAAAUUUCCAUAUCCGUUGACGGUAACCAUGGUUCAAUUAACCUCGAUCACAGUGUAUUCCAGCCUGUUCUUCAAUUUAUGGGGUGUAAGGAAAUAUUCGUCUAACAUAACAUGGAGCUACUAUUUGCGGCUUAUCAUACCUCUAGCUCUGGGCAAGUUCCUCGCAACCGUUUUUAGCCAUGUCAGCAUUUGGAAAGUACCCGUCUCUUAUGCUCAUACUGUGAAGGCUACAAUGCCUCUUUUUACGGUGGCUCUGUCAAGAAUAAUACUUCGGGAGCAGCAAACAUGGAAGGUAUACUUGAGCCUUGUACCGAUAGUUGGCGGCGUAGCUGUAGCGACACUAACAGAGCUUAGUUUCAACAUGAUUGGCUUGAUAAGCGCCUUAGCGUCCACUAUGGCAUUUUCUUUGCAAAAUAUUUAUUCAAAAAAGGUGUUACAUGACACAGGCGUACAUCACUUGCGGCUGCUGCACAUACUUGGUCGUCUAGCUCUAUUUAUGUUCUCACCAAUUUGGAUUGUGUAUGAUUUACACAAUUUGAUGUACGAACCGAUGUUAAAACCGUCCGUAGAGAUAAGCUAUUAUGUAUUAGGACUAUUAUUUCUAGAUGGUAUACUUAAUUGGUUUCAAAAUAUUAUUGCAUUUUCCGUGCUAUCUAUUGUGACGCCUCUGACAUAUGCGGUAGCGAGUGCUAGCAAACGUAUAUUUGUGAUAGGAGUGACAUUAUUCGUACUUGGCAAUCCAGUUACAUGGCUUAACAUAUUUGGUAUGACUAUGGCCAUAUUAGGAGUAUUAUGUUAUAAUAAGGCUAAAUACGAUCAAAGAAUAGAGAAACAAAAGAAAACAAUCCUUCCGAAUUAUUAUGAAAUAAUUCAAAAUGGUAAUAGUAGUUCCUUCUUGGUUAAUGGAUUUGCCAGCAAACAUCAAUCAUUUGCAGUCUAGUCUCAAUUGAUAAUUUUAUUUUAACAAGUUUAUAUGAGUUUCUACAUCAGGAAAAAGUCUAAUCCUUUUUUCUGUAAGUGUAAAUUAAUUUUCAUCAAGUUAUUACGCAAUAUUAUAAAUUGUUACAAUUAUGGUAGAAG